CUCACGUUCCGUAUUAUUGGGUGAACAAUCCAACGCUUGGUGAAUUCUGCUUCACAAUGAUAGGAAGAGCCGACAUCGAAGGAUCAAAAAGCGACGUCGGCAUGAACGCUUGGCCGCCACAAGCCAGUUAUCCCUGCGGAGAUGGGAGUGAGCAGAGCAGUUCCAGCCGUGGAUUAUCCAGGAGAGGGCAGCCUCCAGCUGAGCAGGAUGUGUUCCUGGAACUGCAAUCCCAAGUGAGAAGUUCUUUGGAUAGGAUUCUGAAAAUAAGAGCUAAUCUGACAAGCCUAAAGGCUUUGGAGGGCAGUAGAGAGCUUAAAAACAUCAUCGGCGUCUUCAACUCGUCUUGUGACCUCAGGGCUGAAGUGAAGAAAACCCAAGAGCUGUUGAGUCAAGCAGAAGAGCUUCAGCUGCUGAAAGCAAACCAUGGAAAACUCCCUGCCCCAG